UUGAAGAAGUCGGUUUUAAAAUACAGUGCAGAGUUACAGAGUUACAGAGUUUUCUGUAACAGUAACAUAUUUUUGGAAAUAGUUUUAAUUUGGACCUAACAAAACAUGGGAUUUGUUAAAAAUAUAUUAGCACUUAUUACUUGUGGUUUGAGUGUUUUGGGUUCGGUUGCAGUAGAAACAACUUAUGGAGCCUGUCAGACACCAAACAGAACACCUGGUGAUUGCGUGGUAAUACAAUCUUGCACUGUUCUAUAUACCUUGGCUUUAAAACCUAAUUUGAAGAAUGAUGAAUUAAUAUUUUUACAAAGCAGUAAAUGCGGGACGAUUGGCAAAAAUCCACUGGUGUGCUGCCCUAAGCCUACUAAUAUACCUCAAAAUCCACCUAGUGUCAAAACAUCAGAAACAACUUAUGGAGCCUGUCAGACACCAAACAGAACACCUGGUGAUUGCGUGGUAAUACAAUCUUGCACUGUUCUAUAUACCUUGGCUUUAAAACCUAAUUUGAAGAAUGAUGAAUUAAUAUUUUUACAAAGCAGUAAAUGCGGGACGAUUGGCAAAAAUCCACUGGUGUGCUGCCCUAAGCCUACUAAUAUACCUCAAAAUCCACCUAGUGUCAAAACAUCAGAUGAGACAUGUGAAACACCAAAUGGAAUAAAAGGGAAGUGUAUAUCUAUAAGUAAAUGCAACACUUUAUUACCGUUAACCAGAAAUGACCGAUCGAAAAGUGAAAACAACUUUUUAACAAGAAGUAUGUGCGGAAAAGACUCUACUCAGAUAUGCUGCCCUGAUCCACAAGAGAGUGACAGGGGAAAGCUGCCUUUACCUCCGAAUUGUGGGCCCGUUCCGUUAAUAAAACGUAUUGCUGGUGGACGCGUGACUGAUAUUGAUGAAUUUCCUUGGACUGCAUUGAUCAUAUACUCCAAAGGUAACGGAAAGACAGGCCUUCAUUGUGGCGGUAGUCUCAUAAACGAACGUUACGUUCUCACGGCAGCACAUUGUAUUAGCGAGCGGAUCCUUCCUUCAAGUUGGCAUGUGACUGGAGUUCGAUUGGGUGAAUGGAAUCAAGAGACAGAAAGAGAUUGUCAAACUGAUAGACGAGGAAAUUCGUUGUGUGCAGACCCGCACAUCGAUAUAGAUGUUGUGGAACAAAUAUGCUCUCCGCUAUACAAUGUAAGAACUCAAGAAAAUGAUAUAGCAUUACUACGCCUUCGAGAAAAAGUUAAUUUCAACGAUUUUGUUAAGCCGAUUUGCUUACCUGUCGAUAGAAAUUUACAGUUAAACAACUUUGAAAAUGCGACUAUGGACAUUGCUGGAUGGGGAGCUACUGAAACAAGUAAUAAUAGUAAAAUAAAACUGAAAGCAUUGGUAAAGGGGCAAAAUCUGAAUAUAUGUAAAUAUAAAUACCACACUUAUGCAAAUAUUGAAUUGGGAGACACUCACAUGUGCGCUGUUGGCGAGAAAGGUGAGGAUACUUGUCGUGGUGAUUCCGGUGGACCUCUUAUGUUUCCACAAUGGUACAAUGCAUUGGAAUCAUACUUUCUGGUUGGUGUAGUUUCUCUUGGACCAGAGCCUUGCGGUCAGGAAGGAUUUCCUGGUGUAUAUACUCGUGUGGGGUAUUUUUUAAAUUGGAUACAAAACACAAUUAGAAAAUAAAAAAGUUAUAAAAGUAUAUAAACUAUAUUAUUUUUUUCUCUUCAGUAGAACUCAGAGCAAAAAUAACAGAUUUUUGACGUGACAACGUCUUAUAACUCGAUGGAGCCGGCUGCACGCACCAAAAAACAUGACUCAUGCGGCGUUACCUUGCUCUGAGGCAUUCCAUUUAAGG